CCCCGCCCCCUCCACCCUCCAGGAGGGUCCCAUGCUGCACCCUAAGUGGACUUCCCACGGGACCCGGCCCCCGCGCCACCUCGCGACCUCCGGACUGAGGCUAGAGUCGCAUUCGAACCGGGAGAGCGAGCAUGUUUUUGGCCCAGAGAAGACUCUACUCCCUUGGCAGCCGAGCACAGCUUCUAAAAACAAUUUAUCCUUCGAACGUCCUUGGAUUCUCCACUUCUGCCAAAAUGGCUUUGAAAUUCAAAAAUGCCAAACGAAUCGAAGGCCUGGACAGCAAUGUGUGGGUUGAAUUUACUAAGUUGGCUGCAGAUCCUUCUGUUGUGAAUCUUGGACAAGGCCUUCCAGAUAUAUCCCCUCCUCCAUACGUAAAGGAAGAAUUAUCAAAGGCUGCAUUAACUGAUAACUUGAAUCAGUAUACGAGGGGCUUUGGUCAUCCAGCACUUGUGAAAGCUCUGUCCUGCUUAUAUGAAAAAAUUUAUCACAAUCCAAUUGAUCCAAAUGAAGAGAUCCUUGUGACAGUGGGAGGAUAUGGGUCUCUCUUUAACGCCAUUCAAGGAUUGGUUGACCCUGGAGAUGAAGUGAUCAUAAUAGUGCCUUUUUAUGACUGUUACGAGCCCAUGGUGAGAAUGGCCGGAGCAACGCCUGUGUUCAUCCCCCUGAGAUCUAAACCUACUGAUGGGCCGAAGUGGUCUAGUUCUGACUGGACAUUCAAUCCUCAAGAACUGGAAAGUAAAUUUAGUUCUAAAACUAAAGCCAUUAUAUUGAAUACUCCACAUAACCCCAUUGGCAAGGUGUAUACCAGAGAGGAGCUGCAAGUCAUUGCUGACCUUUGCAUCAAGCAUGACACCCUCUGCAUCAGCGAUGAGGUGUAUGAAUGGCUUGUCUAUACUGGACAUGAGCAUAUAAAAAUAGCCACUUUUCCGGGUAUGUGGGAGAGAACAGUAACAAUAGGAAGUGCAGGCAAGACUUUCAGUGUGACGGGCUGGAAGCUUGGCUGGAGCAUCGGUCCUAAACACCUGAUAAAACACUUACAGACCGUUCAACAAAAUACUUUGUACACCUGUGCAACUCCUUUACAGGCAGCCUUGGCCCAGGCUUUUUGGAUUGAUAUCAAGCGCAUGGAUGACCCAGAGUGUUACUUUAAUUCUCUGCCCAAGGAAUUAGAAGUAAAAAGAGAUCGGAUGGUGCGUUUACUUACCAGCGUUGGCCUGAAACCCAUCAUUCCUGAUGGGGGUUACUUCAUCAUCGCCGAUGUGUCUUCCUUAGGUGCUGACCUCUCUGACAUGAAGAGCGAUGAGCCUUAUGACUAUAAGUUUGUGAAGUGGAUGACGAAAAAGAAGAAACUGUCAGCCAUCCCUGUUUCAGCGUUCUGUGACUCGGAGUCUAAACCACAGUUUGAGAAGCUGGUGCGGUUUUGCUUCAUUAAAAAAGACAGCACACUGGAUGCUGCUGAAGAAAUCAUCAAGGCAUGGAACAGCCAGCGGUCUUGAUGUAAAAUAGGUGUGAGUGUCCCAACCUCUUGCAAGGGCUCAGUACUCAGUGCUGCCACCUUGUGGGCACUAUAAAGAAAACAUUUCAGGACAAACAUCACUGUCUUUCCAAAAUUCACCCUAUUCCUAACACUGUUUAGUAAAUUCUGGUUUUAUUCAUUUGGAAUAUAUUAAAAUACUUUCCUGUAA